CAAUAAAGUCGUAAAACUGAAUAUUUCAUAGCGCGAUCGAUUUAUGCAUUUAAGUGUUUGAAAAUAAUUUUCACAGGUCAUUCAUCCUGAUAUAAUUUCGGAGACAACUCGAUCUCGUGGUUUUUCUUUGUUAAUAAAAAUCGUUGAUCUCCGUUAGGUAUACCUUUGUUGGAAAGUUUAAAGUAUAUCAAUUUGGAUAGUUAAAAUGGUUGUGCAUAUACAGUGUUAGUAUAUAUUAGUUGCUUUCUAAACUAAAAACUGGAAUAUGAAAGAAACUGGAGUAGUUAAUUUGACUUAUAUGUAAAUCUGGCUAAAACUGUGAUAUAAAAACACCAGUGUAAUUCUAUUCUGGAGAAUACAACAUAAAGAUUUGACUGAAAUGAAGUGAGGAGUUAUUAAGGGCCAUAUGUGGAAUCAGUGAUAAGCCAGAACUCAAUGGUUGUAAAGAAGAAUUAGUCUUUCAACAGUUGGUAAAUCACCAAACAUAUAGACUGUAAUCAUGGGAGUAGCAGAGGAGCAGUUGUCCGAGUCAUCGAGUAUCUCGGCACUUUCAAUGAUGGAUUCAUCAAGACUUUCAACAUUUGUAAUCUCAAUUCUACUUAUUGUGUAUGGAAGCUUUAGAUCUUUGAUGAUAGAACAGGAGAACAAAGAAAAAGAGAAAGAUAAAAAUUAUACAGGUACCCCUGGUGAACCAGAAACUAAUGUACAGACAAUAGACACAUGCCAGGCUGCGUUCUUGCCUUUAGGAGCAUCAAUUUCAUUACUUGUUAUGUUCCUGUUUUUUGAUUCAUUACAAAUGGUCUUCGCAAUAUGUACAGCAGUGCUUGCUACAGUGGCUUUUGCAUUCUUGUUGCUUCCAAUGUGUCAGUAUUUAAUGAGGCCAUGUACAACUGGUCAAAAGAUAUCGUUUGGUUUGUGUGGACGUUUCACAGCAGCUGAACUGAUGUCUUUCUUUUUAUCUUUUAUACUUGUAUGUGUCUGGGUUCUUACAGGCCACUGGCUUCUAAUGGAUGCUUUAGGAAUGGGAUUGUGCGUAGCUUUUAUUGCCCUUGUUAGACUCCCGAGUCUUAAAGUGUCAACGCUGUUACUUGUUGGUCUUCUUAUUUAUGAUGUAUUCUGGGUAUUUUUCUCGUCUUACAUAUUUAGUGCUAAUGUAAUGGUGAAGGUGGCCACAAGACCGGCUGAUAACCCUGUUGGACUUCUUGCUAAGAAAUUUCACUUCACGGGGUUAGCGCGAGAAGCUCCUAAACUGUCUCUACCAGGAAAACUUGUCUUUCCAAGCAUGCAGAAUUCUAGUCACUUUUCUAUGUUGGGCCUUGGUGAUAUUGUAAUGCCAGGUCUAUUAUUGUGUUUUGUAUUGAGGUAUGAUGCUUACAAGAGGGCACAGUUGAACAGUAUGGAGCAAGGAAUACCUCCACCACCUACUUAUGUACAAAAAAUCACAUACUUCCACUGUUCACUUAUAGGAUACUUUCUAGGAUUGUUAACUGCUACAGUGUCAUCAGAAGUGUUCAAAGCUGCCCAGCCUGCUCUAUUGUACCUAGUUCCAUUCACUCUAUUGCCAUUAUUGACCAUGGCUUAUUUGAAAGGUGAUCUAAGGAGAAUGUGGAACGAACCUUUCAUCGUACAGCAGCCAUCAAAAGACCUGGAUGUGUAGUCAAUUUGUGAUAGUUAUACACAAUGUGUUCUUUCACUGUAUUAAUGGAAUUUAAACAAAACAUUUUCAUGUGAACAUUAUAAAAAAUUCCAUGGAUUCUGUUGUAAAUUUUGCAUUGAGUUGUAAAUGUUUUUAUGAGACAAGAUUACCUGUAGAUCUAAAGGUGUCGGACGUCACCUUGUAUGUAUUUUUAUUGUGAAGUGGUAAAAACUUCCUAUGUAAUUCAAAAUUCAUGUCAUUGUUUUCCCUGAUAUACACUAGACCUAAAUUAGAAUGCCCUCCAUGCUAUGUUUUGUUUACUCUUCCUAUUCAUCAGUAUACCUAUGGAAAAAUCAAACCAUGGUUAAACUUUAUCUAUGUUAUACAUCGUUAGUUGUCCAUUUAUAUCAUCGUAACAUUUAGUAAGGAGAAGGACAUUUCCAUAUAAACGGGUGUAGGAAAUAAUAUAGUUAUGGAUGCAUAUAUAUGCAUAUAUAUUUAUAUAAAAUAUAAUGUGUAUGCUAAAUAGUACUUCUAAAAGUUAUUUUUUAUAAAUGUUUAGAAGAAUAGAGAAAAUGAAGUGUCAAAUUGAGUUUUUUAAGUUACACUGUAAAGUUUUAUAUAAUGAGCUUGCUUUGCUUUCAGAGCUAUCAGGUAGGGGGGAUUUUAACAUUAAAUAGUUAACCUGAACAACCACCAGUACAGUAUUUGGUCUGACAAUGUAUAUAUACUGGCAGGCCUGAUUUUAUUCUGGUGAUGUUGGCUAGAUGCUGUUGUUACAAGCAUUGCUUAAAGUCGUACAACAGAAAUGAGAAAUAUGUUGAUUGUAUUUUGAUUUAUAUGAGGUCAUAUGUACAUAUCAUUCAGAUGUUAACAUAUAGAAUUUUUAUAGGAGAGACAAUAUUAUGGUAUAUUCUUGAAGUCUUUGUUUUAAAGGCUUAAUUGUGUUCGCAGUAUCAUAAUUUUUUGUUUUCUAUAUAAGGUCAAGGUCAUAUGCUGGGAACCAAUUUUCAGUUGUGCAUUCAUGUUAUGUCUCAUUCUGAUAUUUGCCUAAACUCUAUGAAUAAUUACCUUUCCUAGCUAAAUUGUCAGGGUUACCUGUCACUAACUGGUUUGAGUGGAAAAUCAGGCAUAAAUGUUGAAUUCAUUAAUGUGAGAGAGACAUGCAAAGGACCACCUGUUUUGUUUCUUAAUGAAAAUGAUUUCCCAAUAUCUUUUCUAAUUAAUGAAACCUUGUACAUUUAUUGUGUACUUCUUAAAGGCGAUACUAUGUAUUAUCUGUUAGUUUUACAAAUCUUAUUUCUUGUAAAAACAGACAUUUGGUUUUUUUUCUAAUCAGUUACAAUUAACAAGUAGAUUUAUUUAGUAGUAAGAAAUUAGCUCAUUUUUGGAGAGGGUAGGGAUAAAAGUAUUGAGAAUACAUGUAUAUGGUAAGAUGAUUUUUUUUUCUAAAUUUCAUUUGUCCUGAGAAUUUUAUCAGUAUUUACUCUUUAAAAAUAUCUGCUAGAGAGACAUGUUUUGAAUGUUUCUUUUAAAUUAACCUUACUACACUGAAUAUUUUAUAUAGAUAAUUCAAUCUGGAAAACCCUGUCAGCAGGCUUAAUGUUAGUAUAGAAUGAACAAUGAUUUAAAAAACAACAACAACAAAACAGCAAAGAAGCUAAGAGGGAAUAUAUCAAUAAACGGGCAUUUUUUCUAUUUAUAUUUAAAUAAAACGUUUGUUUUUUUUAAUGAAAUGUAUACAUUUUUUUUACAUAAAAUUUAGAUUCAACAAUGUUGACCAUUGGAUUUGUAUAUGAAUUGAUCAUUGAUUAUGAUUUUUAGUUUUCAAAUAUAUUGAUGAAAUGUGUAUAUGGUAUACAUGUUUAAUAGGUGCAAUCAUUUGAGUACAUGAUGUAUUUGUAUUAUUUUAUAGUAACAUAUGUAUACAUUAUAUUGUUUGGAUUGUGAAAUAGUCUGUAUUGUAUAAAUACAAUGAAUAUAUAAGUGUGAAAUCUAUAAGAAAUGCAGUGUCAAGUGUGAAAUGUCAUUGAGCUGGUCUGUUUCAAAGAAAAAGAUAAUGCACAGAUAAAAAAAAUGUUAUAAAGUACACAGUUUUUUUGUAGAAGUCGAUUCAUUGAAGUUUUGCUACUAUACUUUGUAAUGUUUUUUCUUAUAUGCUGUUUCAUACUGGUAUGGACAUAGUUUAAGGUUUUUUGUGUUUGAAAAUAUUGAUAUUGGGAAUGGACAAAUUUCCCUGUAUCUUUUUAUGUUAACAUUUGAGCUUUCAGUAAUUUUUUAUUUCAUACUUAUAUCAUUUUUACCUUUAUAGUUUUUUUGGUUAAGGGAAAAUUGAAGUCAUUUUGAUACAUGUAUAUGCUCAGUGCUUUUGUUAUCUUCAUUUUGAUAUUAUUGUCAGUUUUAUUGUUAAACUGAAUUUAUUUAGACAUGUUCCUCAAGUGUCCUCAAAAUUUUGAGCUUGAUGCUUAAUUGAACAUUUUGUUAGACUUUUCCUGUUAGGACUAUACCUUGUAAUAUUAUGGGAUUUUACAACUGAAAAGUUACCAUUAAACAUCUAUCAGUAUAUUGACUGGUCAUGACUAUUGACUAGCGUGGCUCUUAACUAAUCACAUAAGUCAUGUUAUAUCUGUACCUCAGUUUACUCAUGUUGGCAAUUUAAGAAUUUAUUUAUCAAAAUUGUGAAGUCUGUUGAAAAUAUACUGAUAAUUCUUGUAUAUGUAUAUUGGGUCUUCAUGGCAGAGCAUUUUUUUGUUUUGGGAUGUCAUUUAAAGUGAUGACUUUAUUUGUUGCUUUGUAUAAAAGUAGUAAAUGAAAUAUUUUUACAAGAAGUGAAAUUCUAGUCUUUUCUAAUAAACGUCUAUUGUAAAUGUUUGAAUACAUUUUUAUAUCAGUAGCAUUCAAUGCAUUAAUAUUUAAAAUGUUAUACCUGUCUUAUUACAUAUCUUCUGAUGGGCUGCUUUUAAGAAAUUUAAAUAUGAAAUGGACCAAUGAAAUUGCUUUAAAUUAGACUGGUCUGUUAGCAAAAUUUCUGGAUAAUGGUACGUUUUUUGUAUUUGUUUGACAUGACUUCUUUGAAAUGAUAUAUUUGUGUUUUCACUUGUGGGAAAAACAACAACAGUUUAUUCAAAUCUUAUAAAUUAUUUCCAAUAUUAAAAUUUUAAUUGGAACUACCACCAUUAUAGAGUAUUUAAUUGUAACUAAGUCAUUCAAACCUAUGGGAUCUGACAAUGUGAACUGUACCAUAACAUUUGGCCACUGUUUAAUGGAUAUUUGGCUAUUUUAAAAUGUUGUAUACAAUGAAACAAAUGUAUGCAGUUCAUAAAUUAGAAACAAGACCAAAUACUAAGCAUAUUGGAACAGUAUUUCAUAUGUAUACUUCAAUUUUUAUGCAAAAUUUUCAAGACUGCCAAUAAGAUAAAUGGCAUAAAACGACAAGAAUUAGUCUGACUGAAAUAUAUUAGUAACAGUUAUAAUUUCAUAAAUAAUUUCCAAUAUUAAAAUAUUAAUUGAAGUCUGGUCAGUUAUAGAUGUGCAGGCUGGCCUAGCUCUUGUAGAGGUAAUGCUCCUGGUAAUUCUGGUGGUAAUGUUCAUCAUUUUCACUUCCAGCAGGUCAAUCGAGAUAAAUACCACAUUGUUCUGGAAUUUCACUUCCAGCAGGUCAAUCGAGAUAACUACCACAAUUGCACAUUACUCUUGAAUAAACUAAUCAUGAGAAGUUAAAUGCCGAUGAAUGACUAUUGAGUUAUAUUAUGAAUAUUGAUGAAUUCAUUAUUUGUUUUUAGGUAAAUUUGUUGUUAAUAAAUUGAUGAUAAAAAAGAAACAUUAAUAAAGAACAUUGAACUGAACUUAGAUUACAAUCUGAGACAUAAAUAAAUCCCAAAAUGCUCAAGCAUGGCAUUUUUUUAAAGUAACUUACUUCUAGAAUGCUGUUAACGAAUUCUAUAAAAACUGAACAAGGGUUAUUGUGUGGGGUUAUGGUCCUGGUAUAAAUGUUGUUGGUGUAAUGUUGGUGCUAUGAGAGACAGCUUAAAUUUUUAUUACUAUACCAGGUUUGUAUACCAUGCUUGUGUAUGAUUUGUUCUGUUUUUUUUUUUAUGGGGGAUUUAUUUUAGUGUCAGUAUAAUUAUGCUAUUUUGUUGUUUAAACUCUAUAAGAUGUAGGGUUUAUUCUUUUUUUUCUCAACUAAAGGCCAGUUUUUGUUGUAAACACUUUUAAAAUAAGAUUUAUCUGUAUGUAUAGUAAGUUUUUAAGAAGUAAUACAUGUAACAAUAAGAAAGAUAAUGAUUUUAAUAGAUGUUUAAUUAUAACUUGAAUGUUCACAUUGUCAUCAUGUUUAUAAAAGGCAUAUACCAUCAUGUUUAUAUAAGGCAUAUAACAUCAUAUUAAAAACUCGCUCACCUGAGCAUAAAGUGCUCAGUGCUGAACAUUUAGGAUCAUUGAAUGUCUGUUAGAGAAAAAAUCUAAAAAACAAGAUAUUUUUCAAUGCAAUUACUUUUAACAACUGUAUCUUGUUCAGACUUUUUGAAAUUAGGUUAUUGUAUGGAAACCAGAACAAACAUACUUAAUAUCUGAAAAUAUUGACAUAGCCUUGAGAAUUAGCCUUCCAGAUUUUAUAGUUACAGAUAGUUAUAGUCAAAUCAUGGUGUAAAAAGCCAAAUGCCACAAAUUAUCUUUGAUUGGUUACAAGAGAAUUAUUAGUGGCCUAGUGGUCAGUAUGUCUUAUCUUUCAAUCCAAGGAUAGUUUGUUAGAGCCUUUCUUGGAAUAACAUUUGUGUUUUUUUCCCGGUAACAUUAGUUCUGCAGUGUCCAAGAAGCAGACUUUACAUUGAAGUUACAAAUUUGUUGAUAGAAUUUGUUUCAAAUUCAACCUAAGAUAUUUUAAGUUACUACUUAGGUGAGCAGUAUAUGGCCACAGUAGCAUUCUUGUUUUUAUCAUAAUUUUAGUCAUGACCAAUAACAGCAUUGUCAUAUCCAUACUGAUGUAAAUAGCCAUCAACUGUCAUCUUCAUACUUUUUGUACUUGCACCAUCAUUUGUGUUUGUAGAUGUGAAAUUUCAUUCUUAUAGUUUGAAAAAUACCACAUAGUAGGUAGGAAAAAAUAUACACAUGUCAUCUUUCCAUAGGUAGAACUACUGUCAUUUUAAUUACAUUUAUAGUGAGUGAAAGAUAAGAUAAUAUUAUCAACACAUACACGGAAGAUAAAUGAAAUAACACAUACAAAUGAUUGUUUUUCCAUUAUCAUUGUUUCAGUAUAUUAACAUGUAUGUAUAGAAGUAAUUGAGAAAACUUGUACAUUCUUACUGGAGAAUUUAACAAACAGACUUACGAAGAAUGUUAAACAUUGUAAAAAUCUUAUUACAUUUUAAUAGCAGUGACGGGAGUUUAAUCAAUUACAAGUCAUUAUUGAGACAUGUAUGGUUUUGAUGUUAAUAUAACUUAAAAUAAGAGCACUCGCUUGCUUAAUAUACAAGAAAUUCUCAGACAGAAAUAUCUGUACAUUAGCCAUAAUAAGAUGUCAAUUACAAAAUAUUACUUUAAGGACUGAAUUCUUCAUUUUCAUAGGCCAAUUAGCACAAAUCACAUAGAGCAACAGUUUUAAACAGAUCUAUUACUUUAUUUUAAUCCCACAUACUUGUUUUUCUAAAUGCAUUACAUGUAAUACCUUUAUUAUGUCACAAGCAUAUCAGGUGAGUGACCAAACACGACAACCAUGGUCCUCUUGUCAUUCAGAGAUUCUGGUUCAGUUCUCAUCAAGUGAAAUUGUUGGGAAAUAUAAUUUAGUUCAAGUGAUAGGUCUAGUUUUGAUGUACGCUUUUUAAUUACUUACUAUUUGUAUUUCGUGGAAUAAAACAUGUAAAAUAUA